GUCAGAGAAAUCGAAGCAAAAACUAACCCAUCCAAACAAGCAAAGGGGGAAAAGCAAGAAAUCCCCCAAUGGAUCAUCGCCUCGUCGCCCCGCUCCUCUUCCUCCUCGGCCUCCUCCUCUCCCCGGCGGCAGCAACGGCCACCGCUGGCGACGAGGAUCCUCUGAUCCGGCAGGUCGUUGGAGGUGCCGACGGCGACGACAACGACCUAGAGCUGAGCUCGCACUUCACCAGCUUCGUGCAGCGGUUCGGGAAGACGUACAAGGACGCGGAGGAGCACGCGCACCGGCUCUCCGUGUUCAAGGCCAACCUGCGCCGCGCGCGCCGGCACCAGCUACUCGACCCGUCCGCCGAGCACGGCAUCACCAAGUUCUCCGACCUCACCCCCGCCGAGUUCCGCCGGACCUUCCUCGGCCUCAAGACGUCGCGGCGCUCGUUCCUGCGGGAGAUCGGCGGGUCAGCCCAUGAUGCGCCCGUGCUGCCCACAGAUGGCCUUCCCGACGACUUCGACUGGAGGGACCACGGCGCCGUCGGCCCCGUCAAGAACCAGGGUUCGUGCGGGUCGUGCUGGUCGUUCAGCGCGUCGGGAGCGCUGGAGGGGGCGAACUACCUAGCGACUGGCAAGAUGGAGGUGCUCUCCGAGCAGCAGUUCGUCGACUGCGACCAUGAAUGUGACCCAGAAGAACCUGAUUCUUGUGAUGCUGGAUGCAAUGGUGGGUUGAUGACUUCAGCCUUCAGCUAUCUUUUGAAAUCGGGCGGCCUUGAGCGAGAGAAGGAUUACCCUUAUACUGGGAGGGAUGGUACCUGCAAAUUUGACAAGUCCAAGAUUGUUGCUUCAGUCCAGAACUUCAGUGUUGUUUCAGUUGACGAGGAGCAAAUUGCUGCUAACCUUGUCAAGCAUGGACCACUAGCAAUUGGUAUCAAUGCUGCAUACAUGCAGACAUACAUCGGCGGUGUGUCAUGCCCAUACAUCUGCGGCAGGAGCCUUGACCAUGGUGUUCUUCUUGUCGGCUAUGGGGCAUCUGGUUUUGCGCCGUCCCGCCUGAAGAAUAAGCCAUACUGGGUCAUCAAGAACUCGUGGGGCGAAAACUGGGGGGAGAAGGGGUACUACAAGAUCUGCAGGGGCUCAAACGUCCGCAACAAGUGUGGCGUUGAUUCCAUGGUCUCCACAGUGGCCGCUGCCCACACCUCAAAGGAGGAGUAGACUCUGAUCAGCAGUCCUCCUGGAAUUAAUAGUGAUUUCGAUAUAUGGUAGAACGUCAAUUCGGAGUUGGUUUAGGCUCCAUCAUCACCGUGGUAUGUGCGUUGGAGAUGUGAAGCUGAACAGAAUGCUUGCUGUAACCUAAAUAUUUGCUUUGUGCUAUGCCAUGCAUGUUCGCCACACGCUAUUUGGAUGUGGCUAAAUUAAAGCUACUGAACUUCUGAAUAAUUUUGUACAUAAGUGUGCUUCCGUGAAAAAGGUGUCUUUGUGUUUUGUGGUGACA